AUGAUUACUCAAGUUGUAAUCUAUCAAACAUAUAAAGAUGUAAAAAUUUAUGAAGCUGCAGCAAUUUGUGAUUUUGAAGCAGAAAUUGAUGGCAAAUAUAAAGUUAAAGGUGUUGUGAAAGAAUUGAUUAAGCUGUUGAUGUAA